CAUCAACAUCGCCACAAGCACCAGCGAGAGACAAUUGGAGUCUGUACGUCCGUACCAGUGUCAGUCUCCUACUGCCCUCCUCCGAGACGAGACGCUCGUCACCUCAACAGCUUCACUGUAAAUUCACACGCAGGAAUAGAGAGAGAGAGAGAGAGGGGGCUGGCUCGUACACCUGUCUUCCGACUCUCCAGCGCUUUCUCCCUCGCCGAGAAAAGUGCCAAAAAAGGAAAGGCAACGAGACAGAGAGGAAAAAAAAGGAAAAAGGAUCGGCGAUCCGAGUUGCUUCGCUGGGAAUCGCCACGGCUCGGGCACAUCCUUGCCAUUUCUCGGAGCCGUCCCGUCCCAACAUUGACCUCCCUGGUGUCGUCUCGUCGCAGGCUGAGAUCGGAGAGAGAUCGAGGAAGCUCCUUUCUGCUCCAUUUCCGCCGAGCCCCCCCACUUUUUUUUUCUUUGCCUGGUUGAUCCGUUACAUCGGCGGAGGAACUUUGUUCAUCGUUGCGGUGAUAGGCGUGUUCUCGAUUCCUCUCUCUCUCUCUCUCUAUCCAUCUCGCCCUCCCUCCCUCCUCUCUUUUUUGACCUCCAGGUAACGCAACGACGUGACCCUCUGCUUUUCGCUUCGUUGCGGUUUCGCGCUUUUUAGAUCUCCGGCUUCCUGAAACGUGCUUGCGGUGCGAAUUCUGGUUGACGUGGUGAGGUUUUUCUGAUUCAUUCUGGCGCGCCUUGUGUAGAUCACAGAGGAGGCGAGCGAGCACGUCGAAGCCAUCGGGGGAUGUGUUCCUGAGACUCAUUCGUUUCCAAGGGUACGGCGACGCAUGUAGGAGAAGGGGAAGAAAGAUAGGAGGAGGAGAUCGAAUGCGGUGAACGCAUGCAGGAUACAAUGUACGCCAGCGCGUUGCCUCUUCAUCUUUCCGACUCUAAUCGACGGAUCAUUGACGGUGGGCCGUCGUUACGUGUAUAUCAAACUUGGAAAGGAAGCAAUAGAUUUUGCUGUGGAGGCAGACUUAUAUUUGGCCCAGAUGCAAGGUCACUAUUCCUGACGGUGUUCUUAAUUGUGACUCCAGUUAUUCUGUUUUGCACCUUUGUUUCCCAAAGGCUCUUUCACGAGUUUGAUGACCAUAUAGGCAAUCUAAUCAUGGCUAUAAGUGCCAUCUUCACACUAUACAUUGUCAUCCUCCUUUUCCUCACAUCAGGAAGAGAUCCGGGAAUUGUUCCUCGUAAUCUACACCCUCCAGAACCAGAGGAUGAAGCCGAUGGCUCCAAUCUAUCUGCAGAUUGGCCUGGAAGUAGGAUCGGUGCUCCUAGUCUGCCACCUACAAAAGAUGUUACCGUCAGGGGAAUGGUCGUCAAAGUCAAAUACUGUCAAACAUGCAUGCUAUAUCGUCCACCAAGAUGCUCUCACUGCUCUAUAUGUAACAACUGUGUUGAGCGGUUUGAUCACCACUGCCCGUGGGUGGGACAAUGCAUUGGGAAGAGGAAUUACAGAUUCUUUUUUAUGUUCAUUUCUUCGACAACAAUGCUCUGCCUAUAUGUCUUUGCUUUCUGCUGGGUAAACAUCAGCAAGAUAAUGGAUGAAUAUCAGUGUGAUCUUUGGAGAGCUCUUGUUAAGUCUCCUAUGUCAGGAAUUCUUAUACUCUACACAUUCAUAGCAGCAUGGUUUGUUGGAGGCCUCACCGGAUUUCAUCUUUAUUUAAUCAUAACCAAUCAGACAACUUAUGAGAAUUUCCGAUAUCGUUAUGAUUCCAAGAUGAAUCCUUAUAACCGGGGUUGCGCUGGUAAUCUUUGGGAGAUAUUUUUCUCCAAAAUACCUCCUUCCAAAAACAAUUUCAGGGCAAAGGUUAAGGGGGAGACAUCUUCUGUCUACAAUUCGGUUUCGAUGGGGCCGACCAUGAGUCAGGAGAUGCCCAAAACAAGCUUUGAUUUGGAGAUGGGGAAAAGGCAAGCGGUUGCUGCUGAGGAUUUGGAAGAUAUACAGAGCCAGAUUGAUAGUGUUGGUGGACUUGAGAGAUGUGGAACUGAACCCCCUCAUGCAAAGUGGGAUCAAAAGAACAAUUGGGAGAUCACACCUGACAUGAGGAUGUUAGCUGAUGAGUUUGGAAUGCAAUAUGGUCCAAGUCCAACCGAAAGAGAGAGAAUUCAUGGUGACCAAUAGUUUUUUUGAGUCGAACUCCUGAUUUUAGGAAUAGGGUAUGUUAUUAUCUUGAACCAACACUGAUCUUUCUUUCUGCUUAAUUAGAAGGUACAUUCAACAAAUUGGCGAACUUAAAGUGAGAUUUGGUAAUGGAUCCUACCACUUGAAAAUUUCU